GCUGAAGGGAAGGCGGUGCUAAUAACAGGCUGUGACAAAGGUUUUGGACAUGCUUUGGCAAAAUGCCUUCAUGCAAAGGGAUUUACUGUUUUUGCUGGAUGCUUGCUCAUGGAUGAGAAUGGAGAUGGAGCCAGGGAGCUGAGGAACAUGAAGUCUGAGCGGAUGAAAGUGCUACAGAUGGAUGUGUGCAGUGACCAGGAGGUGGCUCGGGCUGUGGAUUUUGUGAAGAGGACCCUGAAGGAGCCAGAGGAAGGUCUGUGGGGCCUAGUGAACAAUGCUGGCAUCUCAACCUUCGGAGAGGUGGAAUUUGCAAGUUUGGACAACUACAAGAAGGUGGCAGAGGUCAACCUAUGGGGAACUGUGAGGGUGACAAAAGCUUUCCUGCCCCUCAUUCGCAGAGCUAAAGGCCGUGUGGUGAACAUCACGAGCAUGCUGGGCCGCAUGGCGAGCCCGUCUCGCUCGUGCUACUGCGUGUCCAAGUUUGGGGUGGCGGCGUUCUCGGACUGCCUGCGGCAGGAGAUGUACCGCUGGGGCGUGCGCGUCGUCCUCAUCGAGCCCAGCAACUUCGUGGCAGCCACGGGCAUCCUGACGGCGGCUGGCAUCGACAGGCAGGCCCAGGCGCUGUGGAGCGGGGCCGCCCUGGCCGUGCGGCAGGACUACGGCAGCGAGCACUUCGCCCGCCACGUGGCCACCAUGAAGUCCUUCGUCAGCAGCGGCCUGAAGGACGUGUCUCUGGUCUUGAACGCCAUCACCGAAGCGCUCACGUCCCCGCGCCCCAGGAACCGCUACAACCCCAUGGAGAUGUACUGGUGGGUGAGGCUGCAGGUCAUGACCCACCUGCCCACAGCCAUUGCUGACUGGCUUUACAUCCCCGGAGCCACGCUGUAAGCAGGCAUCCCUCAGGCAUCCCUCCAGGGCUCACACACAGGCUAGGGCUCACUUCUGCACUCCUUGCUGCUGUGUCUCCCCUGGAGAUGCAUAUGCUUCCACUUUCAAGUCCUGUGUUGUGGAAUGCUAAAACUGCAUGAUUUUGUGGUUCUUUUCUUCUCCCUCAUUCUUGUUUGCAUUUCUUGCUGUGCUGAUUAAAGUCGAAAGGUGUUUUCCCUUUAACUCUGGAGGAAGCAGAGGAAGGUAAAUAUAACAUGUCAAAUAUGUGGCCAGUGUAAUUAGGUCAGCAGAUAAAUUUGGCUUAUUAAUGGGCUCUUGCUUUUCCUUACAAGGGCAAACUGCUAAUAGCACAGCAAAGCUGUUGCUAUGAGAUGGCUUGAAGGGAGAAACUAAAAUGGGAAACAAAAGCAGAGUUUUCCAUUUGGUUGAAAAUGGGUCAGUCACAGCCUUCCAUUGUUUUCCUGAUACUGCCAAGAAGCUCUGCUGUGCUGUGACUGUCUGCUCUUUCCAGGGAAAGUGCAACAUUGCCUCUAAACAGCCUCAUUACCUAGCUGCAAAGAAGGGUUCUUCCCUCCCAGCACUGUGACCAGGAGGUGCCAGAGCCAACAACUGGGCACAUGAUGGGCAAAGAAAAACCCUACUAAUAAUGAGGUCUGAGCCAUCUUUCAGCAGCCCCUCUCCACCUGCUGCUGCUGAGCUUUGUGGGACAGGGUUUAAGCUGAUGCAGCAAACAAAUCUGGCUUCUUGGCUACUACCUUACAUGAGUAACUGUGGUAUGGACAUUGCCCAUCCAUCCCCAUUCCCCUCCGGCUGGUGAGGGAGAUGCUGUUGGCUUUUCCAAAUCAGUUUUUUCAUUUAUCCUCUGCAUUUGAACAGUGAUGGGGCACUGUGCAGCUAGUGUGGCCUGACUGUGAGCUCUGGAAGGAUGCUUUAAGGGACACAUUUCCUAUUUUUAAUAUUGCACAAUGAAAUCUCCAUGUCA